GAGGGGAGAGGGAGAAGAGGUUAAAUAAUGAAUGGGUUCUGAGGAAUUGCUACCUUCUUCACCACUUUACUGUUUCUUUCAACCACGCUCUCCUGCCUUUCUUGAACCAGUCUUUGGUCCACGCAUGCCUCUCUCUGCAGCCGUCUCUCUUCUCCUUAUUUAGCUUUCCUUCUUAAUUCCUUCUUUCCUUAUAUUGGAUUUUUUUUUUUGUUGACAUAGAGAAAUCCAAAAGGAAAAACAGAAAAGCAUCGGGUCAUUUGGGGAGAAGGGAUGUUGGGAUGGAAGCAUAUCACGGUGGCUGCGGUGGCGGCCGGAAUACUGACUGUGCUUCUGAUCGUGUUAUUUUGGCGAUGGUGUUGUAGUAAAGGACAUAAGGAUUUUGUUGAUGCUUCCAGGAAUAAACAUCAGAGCUUGCAAGCUGGGAUUGCGAAACUCCACCAUGUUAGCCUUCCUCCAUAUCACCAUGAUCUAGACAGCAAGAGAAAGGCGAAUUACUAUGUUUUUCGACGUGGGGUUUCAUCCAGACCUUUGUUUAAUUGGGCGCAUCAUCCAUCGCUCGUCACGGAUGCGGUUGAAAAUGGGUGGUCUCGAUUCGGUUUCACGAGCUACAUGUCGUCUCCCUCGAUGAGAUCAUCGCUGUUGGGAUUAUGCGCAGUGGGGGAACAUGGGAAAGAAACGGGGGCGGAGAUUAGCUGGGAAGUGUCUCAGGGAUCGGCUGAUUUCAUGCAGAAGAUCAGAUUGAAUUCUGGGUUAAAGAAGAUGAAUAUGAGCAGUCCUUCCAUGGCUGCUGCAUCUGUAAUUAGAACAGCUUUGCCACUGCCAGGCCCUCCCUUGGGGAAUUCCUCGUUCCCGCAAGAAGCCUACUUCGAAAUCACAAUAUUGUUUUCCGGUGAAGGUGAUCCUGAGUCUGUUGGCCGGGUUAAGGAAGGUGAGAGAACGAAGCUCAUCCAUGAGAAUUCCAAUGCUAAAGCCAAUUCAGAAUCUAUAAUCCAUCUUGAAGAAAUGAAACUCGGCUCUAAGGACGACGGCAAAGGUGAAGUCGUAAUGCUAUCGGUGGGGCUCACCGCCGGAGGCUCUCUUCCUUUGAAACUUCCUGGCAGCUACCCGGGAUCAAUUGGAUUUAACUCCAAUGGCUCUGUCUAUCUUGACGGAAUUAAACUUGUAUUCGAAUCGGAGAAGGAAGAAUGGGAAAGGGCAGACAAGGUUAUUGGUUGCGGAUUUGAUCCUAGCCAGAAGAAGGUGUUCUUCACAAUAGAUUCAGAACUAGUUCAUGUAGUCCAUUGCAAGUCAGAGGAAUUUGGGAGUCCCCUUUAUCCAACCCUCGGGGCAAACACAGACGUGGAAGUUCUGGUUAAUUUUGGACAAAGUAUGUUCAGCUACGCACCCGCCAAUGCACAAAGAACUCCGAACCCUUGCUUUAUCGGCCCCCUUGUGAAUUCCCCCGCUGCUGCUCUGGGGUAUGAAGACAGCAGGGAGCUUUUCUCAAUGGGGAGAAUAGACUCCCAGUGGCUCAACAGAUGCACAACCAAAAGCAGCCACAACAAUGGCAGUAAAGCAUUAGAUUUCGAUGAGGAUUCUGAAGCUGAUUUAUUUGAAAUAGUCUUGGACAGAAGUGGCCGAUCACCACACGCAGUAUUGUAGAAACAAACUAUAAAUAUCACUAGGAUUUGUUGCAUAUAUGCCGCCCACAUGCAUUUGCUGAAUGCAAAAUUUUCAUACAUUCACAAGCCUCUUUUAGGGUUUCACCUUCGCUUCUCCUAUUACAUAUACCAACAGGUUCUUCAGGAACUGCUGAUACAUUUUUUUCAUCACCCCUGUAACUAGAAUUUUCAUUUAUUUUCCCUCUGUAUAUAUCAUGACUAAUGUUCCUCCUCCUGGUUGAGUGAUACCAAUGUUCUUUCAGUUC